AGACUGAAUCUCUCAUCUUCCUCACCACCGACAUCACCGCAAUCAUGGCCAAAGGAAAGGUCUGCCUCGCCUACUCGGGCGGUCUGGACACCAGCUGCAUCCUCAAGUACCUGCUGGAAGAAGGAUAUGAAGUCGUCUGCUUCAUGGCCGACGUCGGACAAGAGGAGGACUUUGCUGCGGCCAAGGAAAAGGCCAUGAAGAUUGGUGCUUCCGCUUGCUACAUCGAGGACCUCCGCCGCGAGUUCAUCGAGGAGCUCUGCUACCCGGCCAUCGCUUGCAACGCCAUCUACGAGAAUGUAUACCUGCUGGGCACAUCCCUCGCUCGUCCCGUCAUUGCUCGCGCACAAAUCGCUGUGGCUCAAAAGGAGGGCUGCUUCGCCGUCUCCCACGGCUGCACCGGCAAAGGCAACGACCAAGUCCGCUUCGAGCUCGCCUUCUACGCCCUGCAACCCACCAUCGUCGUCCUCGCUCCCUGGCGCGACCCAGUCUUCUACAACCGCUUCAAGGGCCGCAACGACCUCCUCGAUUACGCCGCCUCAACCGGCAUUCCCGUCACCUCCACCAAAUCCAAGCCCUGGUCCAUGGACGAGAACCUCGCCCACUGCUCCUACGAGGCCGGCAUCCUCGAAGACCCCAACACCUCCCCACCCGAAGACAUGUGGAAACUCACCGUCGACCCUACAAAGGCGCCCGACACCCCAGAGGACUUCACCCUGCACUUCUCCAAAGGCCUGCCCGUAAAACUCGAAUAUGACGGCAAAACCGUCACCGACUCCGUCGACCUCUUCCUCGCCGCCAACGCCAUCGCCCGCAAACACGGCGUCGGCCGCAUCGACAUUGUCGAAAACCGCUUCAUCGGCCUCAAGUCCCGCGGCUGCUACGAGACUCCCGGGUUCACGAUGCUGCGCGCCGCACACAUCGAUCUCGAAGGUCUCGUCAUGGACCGGGAAGUGCGCGCUCUCCGCGACCAAUUCGUUACCUUCAACUACGCCAAACUGCUCUACAAUGGGUUGUACUUCUCCCCCGAGAGGGAGUUUCUCGAAGCCAGCAUCACCGAGUCGCAGAAGAAGGUCAAUGGUAGCGUGAGGUGUCGGGCGUACAAGGGCAUGUUCAGCGUCAUGGGGCGGUGGAGCGAUACGGAGAAGUUGUAUGAUGAGAGUGAGAGUUCGAUGGAUGAGAUUGGAGACUUUGCGCCGAGUGACACGACGGGUUUCAUCAGCGUGAACGCCAUCAGGCUGAAGAAGUUUGGCAAGGCGAAGGAGGCGGAUGGGAUUAGUCUUGUGCAUAGGUCUUAG